UCUAAAAUUUAAGCAUCAAGCUUAAGACGUGUAUGCUUUUAAAGAAGCAAUGUCAAUCACGAGUGACAAUCAAGUAAUAUUGAAAUUGGGCAAUAAAGGACGCGUGCCAGCUUUAGGAUUUGGAACAUAUGCCCCCAGGGAGAGUGAAGAUGAUGUGUAUGAAGCGGUUCGUGUGGCCAUAAAAACAGGGUAUCGUCAUCUAGACUGUGCUGCCAUCUACAGGAAUGAGAGAGCCGUGGGUCAGGCCAUAAAACAAACCAUCGUAGAAGACAAAGUCAGGAGGGAGGACUUGUUCAUUACAAGCAAGCUGUGGAAUUCCUGCCACAGACCAGAUUUAGUAAGAACUAGUCUCAAAAAGAGCAUGGAGGACCUAGGACUGCAGUAUUUAGAUCUGUACCUCAUUCACUGGCCAAUUGCUCUUAGGGAAGGAGGUGAAUUUAUUCCGAAGGAUGAAAAAGGAAAUGUUUUAUUCUCUGAUGUUGACUAUGUAGACACUUGGAAGGCUAUGGAAGAUUGUGUAGAUGAAGGACUUGUAAAGUACAUUGGAUUGUCCAACUUUAACAGUGAACAAAUUCAAAGAAUUCUGGAUGUAGCAAGAAUUAAACCUGUCAUGAAUCAGGUUGAAUGUCAUAUAUACCUUAGUCAAGAAAAGCUGAUAGAAUUCUGCAAAGCACGAGGCAUUACAGUAACAGCAUAUUCUCCAUUUGCUAGUCCUGGACACAAAUCUAUUCCUUACACCCCAUGUCUGCAGGAGCCGGUCAUUGUUGAUAUUGCUAAAAGCAAGCAAAAGACUCCUUCUCAGAUCAUUUUAAGGUUUCUUCUUCAGAGAGGACUAGUGGUGAUUCCGAAAUCAGUCAGUCCUGGUAGAAUUGUUGAAAAUUUUCAGGUGUUUGAUUUUGAAUUGACAGAUGAAGAAAUGAAAAAGAUUCUUGCUUUGAAUAAAAAUCAUAGAAUUAACACUGAGGAUAUAGCAUUGACACACAAGUACUAUCCAUUCAACAUUGAAUUCUAAAGCAGCCAAGUUAUCAGGAUUAUUUCUCUCUACAGACUAUGCAAAUUUAACAUUUGUAUUUUUGUGUUUCCUUUAUCAUUUUAUUCAUGGAGAAUCAGUAUAUAGUAAACAUGGGUACAGCGAACAUGCUAAUAAUGAAUUUAUGCUUACAGCAACAUGAUUUUUUUUUAUUCCCUGUAGUUUUAAAUUGAAUUAUAAACUAAUGGGAUAUAAAGAACUACAUUUAUGAUGAAUCAAAAUUGUUUGUCUCUGGCACUUCGCUCUAAGCAUGAUUCCCUUUAUGACAUUAUCACAUAACCAAUGAAACCUCUAGUAUUUUCUUAUAAUCAAUCAGCAUUAUAAAUGUGUGAUUUGAAAUGUUUUUUUAUUUUUUCAUAUUCAUUGAAGAUUGUGUUUGGGAAUAUAAAAACUUGUUACUGAAUUUAAAACUUCAUUGUUUUAUUUUAAUUUCAAAUUGGAAAAUAUCACAUGAUUUUUUUUUUUUUAAUUAGGGAAAAAGACUACAUGCUUUUAAAGUUUCAUGUCAUUUCAGUUCUCUGUUCAAUGUUCUAAAUUUUUUUUGUGCCAUAUUUAAAAAUGUUUUUAUUUCCCUACCUAGUUUAAAAUUAGAAUGGUAUUUGGAAAUGAAUUGGAGCUAUUCUAAUAAGUUCCAAAAUUGUACAAUUUAUUUUAUUUUAAAAAUACUUCUGAAAUUUGCUUGUUUAAAACUUGCUGUUGUUAUCAAGAAUGUUGAUAGAUGUACAAAAUAAUUACAUUUGUUGUUUGAAUAAAAAAAAGUGUGCCAGUAAACAUUUAAGAUUGCAGGUGUCUGUAAGAUUUUUAUUUAUAUGUGACAGUUUUUAUGUUGAUCCAUAUUGACAAAAUAUUGCAUGCAAUAACUUUUUACUACUAAUGAUUUAAUCAUAUUUUGGGAAUAUUAUACAAAUAUGUAGAUACUCAUACAUCCAAACAAUGCAGGACUAAUUUUGGUAGAACUGUGAAAAAAAUUUUUCUAAAAAAAUGUUGAGCAUAUUUUUGUUUGUUUAAUAAUGAAAUUUGAACUGGAAAAGAAUAUUCUGUGUCUGAUUUUACUCGUUAAAAAUAAUUUAUGUUAAUUCUUGCUGUUAUUCAUGGUGACUUUUUUAAAAAAAAGUCUUUGGUGCUUGUACAUGUAUACAGUUACGAAAUAUCAUUUAAUGAAUCAAACUGAAUAAAAUAUCAAAUGAUUACA